AAAAGUUUUUGUACUCUAUCCGUUUGGAUCAGUUUCAGAACUCUGCUUUUUGAAAAAGAAGCUGCGGAUUCAAAGCCUUACAAACAUUGGACUUCAUUAGGGAGUGAUCCAAUUCGAAGAAGGCAAUCAGUUGUUUGAACAAAGAAGAGGGAGUCUGGUUUAUAAUCCGAACCCAUACCGAGGAUCUACCGUCUACGAAUCCGUGAAAGUUUAACAUCAAUGUGGAAAUCUAUCAUUGAGGGAGAUGAGGAGCAAGACGACCUUUUGGACAAUCAAGAAGGCCUCUGCGCUAUAUCUCAUCUUCAGAGAGUCUAUGGGUUCGCUGCUUGUAUGGUCGCUGGCAUAGUUUGUAUGUUCUUGUCGGUUAUUGUUUUUGCAAAACCCAUCAAGUUUGCCCUUUUGUUCACAUUUGGCAAUCUCUUGGCAGUUGGAAGCACAGCCUUUCUGAUUGGACCUGGGAAUCAAAUAAAAAUGAUGCUUGAUCCUGCUCGUGUCUAUGCAACAGCAGUUUAUAUAGGGUGUGUUGCCUUAGCCCUUAUAUGUGCACUUUGGAUCCACAGCAAAAUUUUAACUAUACUUGCAAUCUUGUUUGAAGUCUGUGCACUUACCUGGUACACUCUAAGUUAUAUCCCUUUUGCUCGAAGAAUGGUUUCAAAUAUGACAAUCCGUCUCUUUGACACAGAAAUAUAGAUGCUUCUGACUGGAAGAAUUGUAUGGAAAUAUUUUCUAACAUUAAAUUGUUGUCUUUGAUUUUUCUUUCGUUUUCCAACAAUCUAUUUCUCUAUCAUUAUAGGUACAAGCCGUUUUGUUCUAUAAAAACUGUGUACUUAUUAAUACUUGUGAUAAACAUCUUUAAUGUAUUUAUCAUUAAUGUAUAAUUGCAAAUACAUAUACUAUUCAUA